AUGAACCAAACAAUUACAAAUCUGCCCAACGCAGUAAUGCUCGCAUCACCAGAAGUACUUCAACUUGGCCAGAAUCUAAUUCUUCUGAUACAAGCCACAAAAGCUAUUGACAUUGGAACAUUUACUGGUUCAUCAGCUGUGGCUUGGGCAUUAGCAAUGCCAGAAGGUAGUAAAGUGCUAACAAUUGAUAUCUAUCCUGAUUAUUACGAUAAUAUUAGUCAAGCGAUCGUUGAGACGAGACCUGAUAUCCACAAAAAAAUUCAAAGACACAUAGGACCAGCGCUUCUUAAACUUGGCCAGUACAAUUUUUGCAUUAAUAAAAUGCUGAUUUCUGGAGAGGCUGAAAAGUGGGACUUUGUAUUUAUUGAUGCAGACAAAACAAAUUACCCAAACUAUUAUGACCAAGCAGUCAAGUUGCUACGACCCGGAGGAGUUAUAGUAAUUGACAACGCGUUGUGGGGUGGAAGGGUUGCAUAUGAUUAUGUCGUCAGUAACACUACAGCAGCUAUAAAUGAAACAAAUCAUAAAGCGUCAACAGAUUCUCGAGUAAGCAAUUUUUUGUUGCCUGUUGGAGAUGGAACACACGUGAUAUUUAAAUUGUAUAAUAAUAACAAUAUAACAACAAAUGUCUGA